AUGUCUGAUGAUGAAUGCAAAGGUAAGAGGUCAUGGCCAGAAUUGGUUGGAGUGGAUGGAAAGGUUGCAGAGGGUAGAAUUGAGAAGGAGAAUCCAUUGGUGAAUGCUAUCAUUGUUCUAGAUGGAUCUUUUGUCCCCCUUGACUUCCGUUGUGACAGAGUUUGGGUUUGGGUUGAUAAACAUGGAAUUGUUACACAGAUUCCAAAAAUUGGAUAG